AUGGAUGGAUACAGCAGUAACGUGCCCGCCUUCCUCACCAAGCUGUGGACUUUGGUGGAGGAUCCCGAGACCAACGAUCUGAUCUGCUGGAGCGAGAGUGGGACCAGUUUCCAUGUCUUUGAUCAGGGCAGGUUUGCUAAGGAAGUGCUGCCCAAAUACUUCAAACACAACAACAUGGCCAGCUUCGUGAGGCAGCUAAACAUGUAUGGCUUCCGGAAAGUGGUGAAUAUUGAACAAAGUGGUUUGGUGAAGCCAGAAAGAGAUGACACUGAAUUCCAGCACCUGUAUUUCCUGCGGGGUCAGGAGCACCUGCUAGAACACAUCAAAAGAAAGGUGUCAGUUGUGAAGAGUGAAGAGACCAAGGUGCGCCAGGAAGAUGUCAGCAAGUUGUUGUACGACAUGCAGCUGAUGCGCGGUCAUCAGGAGAGCAUGGACUGCCGUCUGAAGGACAUGAAACAUCAGAAUGAAGUUCUAUGGCGAGAGGUUAUGUCUCUUCGACAGAAACAUACUCAGCAACAGAAGGUGAUCAACAAGCUGAUUCAGUUCCUGCUCAGCCAGCUCCAUUCGAACCACAACAGUAUCGGGCUGAAGAGAAAGCUACCUCUGAUGUUGGAUGAUGGUAGUUCUGCUCCUCCUGUACCUAAAUAUGGUCGACAUCUAUCAAUCGAACCCCUUCAGGACCCGUAUUUCAUUCAGUCGCCGUCCACAGAAGCUGCCUCCUGCUCCAAUACCUACACCGAUAACCCUGUUCCUGGCGGGCCAAUCAUUUCCGAUGUCACAGAGCUGCCCCCACCUAGUGCUGUAACCAUUCCGUCUGCAACAGAGGAGCAGAGGGAGAAAUGCCUGAUGGUUAUUAAGGAGGAGCCAGCCAGUCCAGGGGUAGGAGUCCAGGUCCAAGCUGACGCAAUGGUUCCAGGGAACCCAUGUGGUGCAUGUCUGGAGCCACCUGUAUUACCAGUAUCAGUUGUGGAGUCUGUGCUGGAGGGUAGACCCACCUGCAACAUAGUGCAACACACGGAUAAGAGGGGAAGGAUAGCUGCUUUAGAGAGGAAUGAAGCACCUGACCACAUGCAGAGCAUUGAGUUGAACCUGGAUGGUUUGCACUCACUGCUUGGGAGCCAGCAGUACAGCCUGGAGCAUUCUACCAUCAUGCAUAUCUUUAAUCCGAAUCUUCCUCUAAAUGAGCUGAACCUGACUGACAUGGAGGCAAACCUUGCAAUGAUUCAGAAACUUAUUGUGGAUCCAGAGCUGAGGCCGAUUGAACCGUCCAACAAAGCCCUGAAAACUGGAGCAAGCUCAGGAAAGCCACAUCUUCAAACUACGCAGCAUUUUCUUCCAGAGGCACACCUUCCAAUAAAUCAUGAACUCUCCAAUCUAGACCAUGACACAGCCCUGUAUGAGCUCACUGAGGAUACAGGUCCAUAUUUCCCAGAUACUGAAGUGGGACAGGAGGAAUUCUAAUAAAAACUGGACCCCAUCAACAAGACAUGACAAGGCAGAGACACAUGCCUCGGCCCCUUACUGUGGUGCUCACACUCAGCAGAUACUCUUCAAGGUAAAAAAGAACCUUUUAGAGAAUCCUGAGAAUUGUGGAUUCCUGCCGAUUCCACUGGCACUGCCUGAAGGAAACCACUUUUCUGUUUGUCUUUUUCCUUCCCCCGUGACUUUCCUCUUCACUGCACAUUUCAGAAGGCUGGAGGUAAUGAAUUCUUGCACCUCUACAGGCUGGGAAAUGUAGGGACUGCCAGGAGGUAGAACCUGCCCCACAGUGUACUAAGAGUUCUGUGGAGUCCUGCAGAUAGGAAAUGAGCCUGUGGUGGUUCUGCGCAACAGCACAGAGAUCUCGUCCACAACUAUUUUUUGCCUUGUGUGUAAUUUGAUCUUUUCAGGUUCUGUUUCAGAAUUUUUGUUUGUGUGUUACACAUCUAUGGUCAAAGAGCAGUAAUAAUUUUGUAUGUAUAUAUUACAGCACACUACUAAGCAGUUUUCUUUUUUUCAUUCUAUAUACCUUGCAUUGGUUAAAAGUGCUGGGCUGGGUUGGGUUUGAUGUAUUGAUACUGCACUUGGAUUAUUUUUGCUCGAGCUAUUGUGAUAAUUCUUUACACAUUCAAUAAAAAAGUUGAAGCAG